UUCUGACCUGUCAUAAUAGCUGCGCUUAGUUAUCUAUGAUAGUACUAUACCUUCCCUAGGCAAUACAAUAAUAGCAAUAUAAUAAUAGAUUUAAUGAAACUGGUGCACGUCAUCUUGAUUUCUUACAAUAAAUAUUAUAUAUAAAUAUGUUUUGGUCGAAAUUGUUAUGAGUGAAAUAAAUUUAAUUAAAUUGUCGAUUAUAUUACGUAUUUGAUGGAUACAAACAUUUUUUUACUGUGUAAUUUACGGAACCACAGUUCGAACUACAAGUUUAGGUUUUAUUCCAAAUAAACUCAACAUCAUAUGUGGUCGAGUUGUUUGAUAUAUCAUAUUUUAUGCAAAUUAAAUGCGAAAUAUGGCUCAGUUAUUACAUUAUUUACCUGUUUUGACAUUUGUAUUAUUUCCAACAACUUUUCUUGGAACUUACAUAAUGGCAGUGCUUUUGGAACACGUGGAACCAGCAUUCCCUUAUAUUAGUGAUGUAGCAACAUACUCACCUGAAAGUUGUAUAUUUGGUCAGUUUAUAAAUAUAGGGUGUGUCCUAUUGAUGUUAAUAGUGUAUGUUAGAUAUCGCCAUGUUCUUCAACUAAUGAGCCUUCAUCAGGAAUUAAUAAUUAUUCGUAAUAUUAACAAAAAUGCACUUUGGACUGGAUAUGCUGCUUCUUUAGGAUUAAGUCUUGUUGCAAACUUCCAAGAGACUAAUGUAAAAAUUGCACAUUUUACCGGAGCAUGCUUUUGUUUUGGAUUGGGAACAGUUUAUUUUUGGAUGCAAGCAUUAGUUUCUUAUCAUCUACAUCCAUAUACUGGCAGUAUGAUCCUAGCACAUUUUAGAAUUGUUUUAUCUGUGAUAUGUACAAUAUUUUUCAUUAUUGCUUUUAUAUGUGGAGUUUUGGCCAGACUUCAAUAUGAAGGGCAUAAUCCUAGAAAGUGGUACCCUAGUGAUGGAGGUUGGAUAUAUCAUGUCUGUAGUACGAUUUCAGAAUGGGUGGUGGCUGUAUCAUUUUGUUUUUACAUACUAUCUUUCACAAGAGAGUUUAGAAACCUUAGCAUAAAUCAGCCCCAACUUGAAUUAUUAGAAAACCAAUUAAUACUUAAUAUUAGCUAA